CUACUCGCUGUCAAAGUAUUGUGAAAAAAGUUUGUGUUGGUGCGUGAGAUUUCGUUGAAAGCGUUUCGUUCUUUUACAAAUCAUAAAAUAACAAACUAAAGUAAAAUGUGGUACGAAAUCUUACCUUCAGCCGGCAUUAUCACAGUCGUACUUGCAGUUCCUGUGUACGCGAUGUGGGGUCUUAACAAAUUGACCCUUGGCAAUUCCUACCGCCGCAAUAUGGACGAGCGUUUCGACCGAAUUUUGUAUCAACGCGACAGCAGACUAACUAAAAAUCCAUACAUUCAGAAUGGCUUGGAAUCCAUUCCCGAUGAAGAAAGUCAUUAAAUGUCGUGUAUAUAUGCAAUUUAAUCACAUUUAUAGUGUAACAUUAAUGAAGGAUAUCAAAUAAAACAUGUAAAACAAGUAA